CGUCAGGACGCCGGGGCUGCGCAGUCGGUGGAGGCGGCGGGCUGUCCGUGGCGUUCUCCGCCUGCGUCUGCUGGGGCCCCUUCUUCGCAGGUAAACAGAUGGCGUUCAUCAAGAGUGGAUGGUUGCUGCGACAGAGCACUAUUUUGAAGCGCUGGAAGAAGAAUUGGUUUGACCUAUGGUCAGAUGGUCACUUGAUCUAUUAUGAUGAUCAGACACGACAGAGUGUUGAGGAUAAAGUCCAUAUGCCAGUGGACUGCAUCAAUAUCCGCACAGGGCACGAGUGUCGGGGCUUGUGUAGGCUCUGCUGUCCUGUCGGAAGAGACUGCCGUGGCUUCCUCCCCCCCACCUUACAUGGCCUAUGCUGCGCCGACCUCUGAGCAGGCAUAUGGCUACAGUCCUUACGGUGCUGCAUACCCAACAGGAACUCAGAUUGUCUAUGCUGCGAAUGGGCAGACGUAUGCAGUACCCUGCCAGUACCCGUAUGCAGGACUGUAUGGACAGCAGCCUGCCAACCAAGUUAUCAUUCGUGAGCGCUAUCGAGACAAUGACAGUGACCUGGCCCUGGGCAUGCUGGCUGGAGCGGCGACAGGCAUGGCCCUCGGGUCUCUGUUCUGGGUCUUUUAGAGUCUUUAAGGUCUUCUAUAUGCAUAACUUCUGAUAACCCUGUGUGCAAUAAUAACAUGACUUGCAGGGCACUUCUGUUUGUGACAAAUGUUUUUUAAUAAUAGUUUUAAUAGUUCUUUUGGAAAUAGUGACUUAAUAAUUGUAACUGAUCUGUGCAAGUACCACGAAGUGGGGCUUAAAUUGUGUUUAGCUAUAAUGUAGAUUUUAGGGGCACAAGCUAAUUCCCAGACUUUGUAGAGAGACAUUUUCUUCUCAGUUGGGUGUAGUGUUUAAGGGAUAAUUUAUUAUUACAUAAAUAACAUAGGGAUGAAUGAGUGAUUGUGGUAAGACAGAUUGCAGCUUCUCUUGGUUUAACCUCAAACUUUGGAACCUUAGAUCCGAACUGCCCACUGCUGGCUUGAGCAGUGGGCUGGGGAGCUUUGGUGGCUUCCUGAGGCAGUGGUACUCCUGGGAGCCCCGUAGGCUGACUCUGCACCUUGUGGGGGGCAUCACCCUCCCACCCUUUAAAUGUAAAAUGAUGUUUAUAAAACCUGCUGAAUUCUAGAGCUACCACUACUUGUGCUGUACUUGUUUUUUGUAGUGGUAUUUGGAAAACAUGUCAAAUGGUACAUGAAGGUUGAUUUGCACUUAUAGAGAUGUAUUUUUAGUGUCUGAUUUAUGAAUAUUUAUUGCUGGCUAAACCUAAAUAUAGCCUAUUUUUCUACUUGUUGAGAAGGUAAUAUUAAAAAAAUGAUGGAAAACAGGGAGCCAUGGCUGGCCUCAGGCCUCGGGACUGCGCUGUACAGGGAACACUGUUUCCUGCCCACUGCAGGUCUGGCCUGACAGGUAGGGCCAGUGGCUGUUCACCAAUUGAUGGGCUGAACUAGGACUGGGCUGGGUUGGCUUAUAGACCAGAAGUGGGGCCUAGAAGAUGAAGAUGGCACUCAGCCUGCAUGGGGCCUCAGUCUUGAUUUUGUUCCUGACCCACACAUUAUACAAAAGCUUAAAAUAUUUCAUGUUGGGCCCCCAGAUGUGUGAAGCUCUGGAAAACCCAAUCUCGCAUGAAUAUCUGAUAUUCAUAUUUCCCAUAUGAAAUAGAUAUUUCAAAUAUUUGUUAUUUUGUGUUUUAAAGCUGAUUAUUGAGGAAUGUGAUU